GACUUGAGCUAGCCCUGAGUAUCCAGGGCUAGAGCUGGAAGGGCUGAGCAACGAGCACUGGACAGAUUGCGUUUCUCCUUGGCUUCCCUUCAGCUGACUCAGCAAAAGUAGUUGGUGUUUGCAGAACUGCCCUACUAGGAGCGUCCUUGUGGCGGUGUGUAUAGUAUUAUAUUGAAUUGAAUUUGGACAAAGCCUGCUGUGUAUCUCUUUCCGCAGGGCAAAAUUACCUGCUACUAUCCACUUAUUAUAGGGGCGAAAUUAUCAGGCAAUUAGCCUUUGAAAGACUUAGUCAUUAGUCCAGGAAAGGAGCAAUAACAACUGAUAGGAGUUAGGUACCAAAGCAGAAAGAUGACUUCCAAGUUUUUCUGGUGCAUUCACAGGCUUUCCAGUUCUGAGGUCCAGAUGGUACUCUGGACCUUCCUAGCCCCCAUAAGAGUGACCACCAUUCCCUCGAGUGAAGAUCCUAACAAUUCAUGCACGGAGGUCGCUUUUCGCCUCACCCUCGACCUUGGUCGUCAGUCGACGAAGGGCUAUUUGUUUUUCCAAUUCUGUAUUAAGGAAAAGAGAUGACACAGGGGGUCAAACACCAAAUGAGCAUUUAAAAUUCUGCAGGCUGCGGGUAGGCAGCCACAUUUCCAGGGCAGCGGGAGACGCGGGUCCCCAACGGGGGGAAGCCCACUGUCUCCGCCGCGGGGCUGACGGCGCGCCACGGUGGCCCCGGGACCCCGCGCCGCCGGCCGUAGCCCCGCCCCGCCCCGCCGUACCUUGCGGCCGCGGGCCCAGGGGCCCAGCUCCCGGCCCGAAGCGCCGCGCGCGUGCGGGGGGCGCUGUGCCUGCGGGCGUACGUCCGCGUGUGGGAGAUGAAUUGGAGUCACACGACUGGGUGUUUCCUUCCGAGUGGUUUUGAUUAGCAAUCCAUUAGGGGAGCGUGGAAACUUUUUUUUUUUUUUUCUUGUGGCUGAAAGAAUGAAAACUGAGUAAGUACACAGAACUUUGUACUUGAAGCGGAAUGAAACAAAUACAAGCAAAACCCUAGCAGUAACCAUGUCCAUUCAAACCGCGCAUUCCCUUUUUAUGUGAAAAGCCGUGAAUGCUUGCAGGAAAGUGGCAAUUUAAAACGGAAUGAAGGGAAGCAGUGAAGAACCAUGAAAGGCUGGAAGCAGGACUGCUCUAAAAGCGGAGGAGAAUGAGGAACUGCUCGGGCAAGCUGGCCUGCAUCCCGCGGUGCAACAGGCACUUUUGGUUUUAACCUAUUGAGCUCUUCAGCGCUGUUUCCAGACUCCAGAUUUACUUUGGUAUUGUUUUCUCUUUUCCUGUAAAGUCUUUGCUGCGAGUUUAAGGAUGUUGUGAAAAUAAGGCAUCACCGGAAGCAAAAGUUUGGCAGCCUGGGGAUACGCUCAGGUUAUUAGUUACCACUAUUAUUAUUUUGAUGUCUUUUUUUAACCCAGGCCAGCCACUUUUCACUGUCAUCCAUGGAAGGGAUCUUAUUAACCGCCUCAGACUUUGGGGACCUAUGAUUCUUUGGCAUGAUCCUUCGGAAAGUUCUUAAGCGGGGAUGGAGCAAGCUUGAUUUAAAGACUGAUUUGUAUUUUUUCAUGCUGACCAAAAAGAGCUGCUAUGACUUUUCCGGCAACGUGGACGGGGGCCAAGUGAAGCUGAGCUGGUCAUGGUCUGUCGUCCAGUGUUCCCUUGUCGUCGGCGAUUUUGCCCCCGGCCCUUCUUGGUGGGCUUGGUGGUGGCAAUCUGUCUCUUCUACCAGACCCUGACACUCCGAGGGACGAGGAAGCUCACAGCCGCUGACCCUGGGGCUGCCCCAAACGCACCCACCAAAACCCAAGCAAGCAGAUGUAAGAAAGGACUCUCCCUGGACAAACAGUGCUUCCUUCUCCCCAGUAAUGUGCAGGAAAUCAGAAAGAUCGAGAAAUCGAUAAAGAUACACUUUGGGAGCCAUGACAGAAGGGCCGUCCUCUACAGGCCUCCUUCCUCCAGCAAAAUGGAGUUUCAGCUCCAUCAGCGCGUCCUCACUCAGCAUCGCUACUCGGUCGUCAUCGCUGAAGAAAGGCUUGGUGCUGGUCUUGGGCUGGGGCUGCUAGAAAAAGGUGAUUUGGGCUCUUGGGAUCUGCUCAUUUGCCUGUCUUCUAGGAAAGCUGGUGGAAAACCUUGCAUAUCCAAGGAAGACAUGUGCCAGUUAGGUUUACAUCAAAAGGUAAACAUAUUACCAGAAAUACAGCAUCAGCUUUGCAGUAAAGAAGGAUUAUGUCAAAUAAUUAGAAGAUUUCCAGAAUUGCGACUUGUGGUGAGCCCCUCUGUGUGUCUGGAUCAGAGCAUACAGUUAAAGCAGAGUACUCUGAGUGACCUUUUAAAAACAGUGAAGCCACAUAUGUGGAAACCAUGGGACUGGCAACGUGAACAGCUGAAUCAAACAACAGUCCUUGCUCCACAUGAAACAAUCUUUAGAGCUGAAGAACUGUCUGUGAUUCUUAAAGCAUAUGUGUUGGUGACAUCUUUAAGCCCUUUGCGUGCAUUCAUUCAUUCAACCGGCGCGGUUUGGAAUCCACCAAAGAAAAAACGCUUCACUGUCAAGUUGCAAACAUUUUUUGAGACAUUCCUGACAGCCAGUUCACCUCUUCAGGCUUUUGAUAAUAUGAAGGAAGCAAUUAGCAAACUCCUCCUAGCAGCUGAAGUAUUCAGUGAAACAUCUACUCUGGGACCAAAGGCCUUCAAUAGAUGCAGAUUAUGUUUUCAACUUUUAACUUUUGAUAUUGGUUACUACAAUUUCAGGUACCCUGUUGUGCUCCAGGUGCAUGAGCAUUUAAAUUUUCAAGAUGGUGAUAAUACGGAUUUUGAGGACCAAAACACAGAAGAAUCCCUUUUACAAGAUACUUUCAAUUUUCUCUUCUCUAAUGAAUCUUCACUUCCCAUGUUUUCUGAGAUAUUUCAGGGACUUUAUAUAUCAGGUGUUUUUAAGGGUGAAAACUAUCAAAAGGAACCAAAUCAAUGCCUGUCUUUAGAGGAGAUGCACUCAAUUAUGACUUUCAUAAAGGAACUUGGGAGUUUGGGGCCAUUCCAACUGCUCUUCCCAUCUACUGCUCCUGGGAUUCAGUCUUUGAUGCGUGAAUUUUAUGAUAUGGCAAAUCCUAUAGGACAACCUGGUUCAGUCCUGACUCAGUACUGGUCUCUUUUAAAUGUAUUUGAACAAUUUCGGCUCCUGAAUAAAAACGCACAGCUACACCCACUGGAAUGGGCUUCUUUCACAGAGGAUGAGAACAUUGAAAAACCACAAGUGCCAUUUGAUGCAAUUGAAAAUAAAAAAGCUUCUGUUCCACGAAUUAUGAGUGAAACCAAAGAAGUUCAUUGUAGUAAUGUGCCUGAUGGAAGUUGUACUGAGAUACAGGCCUCAGAACUGGAGUCCAGACACCCAGAAGAUGACACACAAUGUUAUAUCAAACAGAUCCUCACACAUCCACAUUUGGAACUGAAUCCUGAAUUUAACCCGAAGAUCAAAGAUUAUUACUCUGAAGUUCCAUUUGACGUGGUAACAGUGACAAUUGGAGCAGAGACUUCUAAUUGUCAGUGCAAGGUGUACCUGCACGAUCGGGCAGGAACAAGCUUUGCCAACUACCCUCUGGGCUUGGGAAUGAACAAAAUCUCAAUGUUUGUGGCAGAUAAGUCUCCAGCACAGGGUGAGACCCUGAUCACGUACAAGCUCACCAUCUACAGAGAAGAUCGUCCAAGUCUGCCCUUGUUUGAGGACUUCUCAGCAUGCGGGUUUGUGCAGGAUUGUGGUUUGCUGAUUCACCCAGAAGAAGCCUGUGGAUUACAGCCUAUUUCCUCUGACUACAUUGAAGCCAUUUCACAGCCUGAACUAAAGAUCUGUCCAUCUGGGGACACAAAAGGCCAAUGGAUCGUGCCUUGCCUUAGCUGUUCAGACAACAGGACCUGUGACUGGAGAGAGAUAACGUGGCAGCCUCAGAACUGCCAGUACAGCGUUCUAACUAAGCCUCAACUCCAGCGGUGCCUGGGGGGAAGGAAGAUUCUUUUCAUUGGAGAUUCAACCAAUAGAGGAAUAAUGUACUAUCUGAUCGAAAGACUAAAUGAAACCUUGCAAGAAUGGCAGAAGGUCCAUGGCACAAAAUUCUACCACAAUGUCAAUGGUGGGAAGACUUUGGUCAGUUAUUCCUACUAUCCCCAGUUCUGGAUAAGCCCUUCAUUGAGACCAACAUUUGAAAAAGCACUUGAACAUCUCUUGCAAAGAUCACGUCCCCUGGAGAAUACAGGCCAGACCGUAUUGGUCGUUGGUGGUGUUCAGUGGCUUAAUUCCAAUCACCUACAAAUUAUUCACAAGGUUUUGAAGAGGGAAAAUUUACUCAAUAUCCUUGUGAUCAUCAAAACUUUGGGAAUUGGAUUUCAUCUGCCAGUGGAUGGACUGCAUUUCUUGACACAGAGUGAAGUUCAGAACUUAUGGAAAGAAAAUUUGAUUAUUCUGGAUGCUGCAAAGACAUAUGGCUAUGAAGUGGUUGACACAUUUACUAUAACGAUGGGGCGAUACAAAGAGUUUUUGCAGGGGACGUGUGGAUGUCACUUCCAUGAGGUAGUGAAGUCAAAGUUAUCCAAAGAAUAUCACUUUAUCAGAAUGAAACAAUCAAGAAACCAUAUUGUGGGAAAAUAUUUCAGCAAUCAAAGCAAACGACAACAAGACUCUGUAACAAAUUCUCAAUCACCAUAUCAUGUCAGAGGUCCAGUUAAUCAGGUUUGCUCUGAAAUCCUUCUCAGCAGGAUGUGUGCAAGUAAAAGGACUGUGUAGACUCCCUGCAGGAGGACUGAACUUGGAAUUGGAAGCAAGCCACUCACCUGGACGUGGUCUAAGAACCAUAUCCUACACAUCACGGGUAUCUUGGAUUGACCACACACUCAUGCAUGCUGGCACACACAUAUACACCAAUGCACACAUGGCUUAAAAAAAAGUAAUAAUAACACUUUUCUUCCUACAGCUUUAUAAGGUCAAUAUAUGCACUUGACAAUCACUUGGUUUCAAGGGGAAAGCUAGAGCUUGAAAAAGGUUACUUGAAGUAUAAUCAUAAAUUGGAACCACUGUGGGCUAGGUAUUGCAUGAUGAUGAUAGGGAGAAAUAUAGACACUUGAAUUAUGUGGACAAAAAGGAUAAUGCUCUUGAGUAUUGUGUUAUCUUCUCUAUCGGUACAUUAAUACUGAAGAGGGGAAAAAAGCAGUUACAUUCCAUUUGCAAGUAGGGAUUCUGCUUGUGUUUUUUACCAGGAGAAAGAGUGAUGUGUACGAUAGCUUAGACUUUGUAAUCUAAUGCUUAGGAAAAACAUUUCUUCCUAUACUUUUUAAAUUUUACAAUUGAAAGGAAAAGAACAGGAAUGCCACACAGGGAAUUCGGAGGGAUUCUAGGAGAGACAUAGGAAGUGUAGUAAUUUACAGUUAAAACACCAAUGGAUUUAACUUUGCACUCUUUGUACUUUUCAGUAACAUUCCCUCCUAUCCUGUCUGUGAACUUGGAUGGGUAAUUGCAGUCUAAGUUGAUAAAAAAUGUAAUGUUAAAGUGAGAAACAAAAUGUAGUUCCUCAUGUAUUACUUUAAUAUGUUUUAUUGAUGAUACUACUUAAGAAAGCUUUUGUUUGCUGUUAGAGGCCUAUGUAAUUUAAGGUUACAUUUUAUGUAAAUAUUUUCAAAGGAUUAGGCAUUUGCAUAGGCAUUUAUUUUCAUAAAGCAUUUGUAUACGUCCACAAAUACCAUGUUAUUGGUAACUAUAUUUUGAUUUUUCUAAUCCAAAUUGAGAGUAGGAAUAAAAAUAUUUUUUUAUUAAAACUGUGGCAUACAUAUAGAAAACAUACCUAGUUCUAGUAUUGAGAACUUUCUCUUCUAUAUUUUAAUUUCAAAAUAGUGAAUUUCUUUAUUUUACGUGUUUUGUUGUAAGCUAUCACACAGUUACAAUUGUGUUUUAAAGGAUUAUUUUUCUUUUGGGGAAAAAAUAAAGCUGAGAGUGUUAUUCAAUACAUGUCUGAAAUUAACAACUGUACAAAUACCUCAAUUUCAUUACCAUACAAAAAAAGAGAGACUAUUUUGAUUGAUCAGUUCCUUGGUAUGAAUAUCCACCUCUUUAAAUACUCUAUUUUUAUAUAUAUUUUUAUAUGAAAGUAAACAUGAAUUUAUAUUUAACUGUCUUAAGUUAUAUUUAAGCACAACUAUCACUUGAUAUAAACAAUACAUAUCUGCCUCUGACAGAUAGAUUUUUUUAAGUGGUACAGAAUUAACCUUUAAAAUGAAAGAUUUGGGGGCACCUGGGUAGCUCAGUCGGUCAAGCGUCCAGCUUCAGCUCAGGUCAUGAUCUCACUGCUCGUGGGUUCGAGCCCUGCGUCCGGCUCUGUGCUGACAGCUCAGAGCUUGGAGCCUGCUUCCGAUUCUGUCUCUGUCUCUCUCUGCUCCUCCCCUGCUCGCUCUCUGUCUCUGUCUCUCUCUCUCAAAUAUAAAAUAAAACAAAAAAAAUUAAAUGAAAGAUUUUUCUAAUAUCUGCAACUAUAUGCAAACACUAUUUUUAGGUUUUUGACUAUUUUUUAGUGAUAUAAAAUGUUGCCAAUUCAUGCAGCCUCUCAUCAUGUUUUAAUGUAUUAUAUACUCUAUAAUAGGUUUAUAGUCAGGGAUGUUUCUUGUAAUUUACUGUCAACCUAACUAUAAUAACUAUCUGACUGAGGUUAGUCCUGCAUUUACCUCUUCACCAUUGAAAUAAUAAUAGAUUUUAGAAACAAGUGUAACAAUACUAUUAAUAAAUAUCUUACUAGUAAUAGUCUGUGUUCAAAGAGUAUCUUUCAUUCUCAUUUUUACUGGAGGUAUAC